CUCCGCCUCCCGGCUGGACCGCGCCUGGGCCAGGGAAGGAGCCGGCGCGCCUCAAGGUGGGUGUCCAGGGCAAGGCGGCGAGGACAGGGCCUGGGUGGCCUGACGACGGGGUUGGACGUGGCGUCAGCGCUCACUCCGCGAAGUCUGGGGUCUGGCGGGUCGGCUGGGGACCUGUGGCUUCUGCGUCCUUCCGCGAGCUGCAGGGCCGGGAAGCCUGCACCCUCAGGCGCAUGCGCUGCCUUGCCGGAUGCCUUCUGCGCUCGUAGGGUCAGAGGUCAAGGGGAAGGUCUGAGAGAGAGAGUGAUGUACCGUCUGACCUCAGUCAUGCUACCACGGGCCUUGGCCCAGGCCAUGCGCGCAGGACAUCUCAGUGGCCGAAGCCUCCACAGCAGUGCAGUGGCAGCCACCUACAAGUACGUGAAUGUGUCAGAGUUAGAGAUGGACAUGAAGUCCGUGACGGACCGUGCAGCCCGGACUCUGUUGUGGACAGAACUCUUCCGAGGACUGGGCAUGACCCUGAGCUACCUCUUUCGGGAGCCUGCUACCAUCAACUACCCGUUUGAGAAGGGCCCACUGAGUCCACGCUUCCGCGGGGAACACGCAUUGCGCCGCUACCCAUCCGGGGAGGAACGCUGCAUUGCCUGCAAGCUCUGUGAGGCCAUCUGUCCUGCACAGGCCAUCACCAUCGAGGCUGAGCCAAGAGCCGAUGGCAGCCGCCGGACCACACGCUAUGACAUCGACAUGACCAAGUGUAUCUACUGCGGUUUCUGCCAGGAGGCCUGCCCUGUUGAUGCCAUCGUGGAGGGCCCCAACUUUGAGUUCUCCACCGAGACUCAUGAGGAGUUGCUGUACAACAAGGAGAAGUUGCUGAAUAACGGAGACAAGUGGGAGGCUGAGAUCUCCGCCAACAUCCAGGCUGACUACCUGUACCGGUGACCUGGCCACUUGGCUCGGUUCCUGUAGCCCCUGCUGCCCAUAAAGAAGCUAUGGUCCUACAAC